AAUUCGCUUUCUCUUUCUCUCUCUCUCUCUCUCUCUCUCUCUCUCCUCACGCCGACGCCUCCGUCCGCUUCCGCCGCCGCGCGCAGCCGCAGCGCCGCCACCAACCACCGCCGCCGGGAGAGGGGGGGGGGUGGUACGGGAUAGGGUAGGCCGCGUCGAGGAUGGCGUCGGGGAGCUCCUCCGGCGACAUGGGCAGCUCAGGGGCCAAAGAUGUGAUUUUGGAUGAACCACUGCUAACUUCAGGAAGCGCUGAAAGUUCACAACAGAGGUCUACUGAUGCUGACACAAAAUCACGUGUUGAGGAUAUCUGGAAGAAAAUGAACAGUGGAAUGCCAGCUAAAAUGCCCAAACCUGUAAUGAAUAAGCUCAGCACACCUGCUAAAGAAAAGAAAAGUACCACGGGAAAUAACUGGAUGAGUGUUCUGGGACUUUCACCAAGUAAGGCUUCCACAAAUGAUCAAGGCUCCAAAAAUGGCCAAAAGCAGGCACAACAAGAAACAAGCGAGGACGCCAAAAAACUUGCAGCGAGUGCUCUUGCCGCUGUCAGAGAUGCUGCUUCAGCUGCAGCUGGAAGAGGGAAAGUGGAGAUCACGGAGGUUAGGGACUUUGCUGGGAAGGAUAUCGAGAUCAAGAAACUGGUGGACGCCGAUUCAACAGAAGCGAUAGAGAAGGCCAAGGCCGCUGGUGCUGCCCCGUCUGCUCUCGACCACAUCCUCGAGCAGAUAAAGAAGAAGCAGAAGCUGAGCGUCCUGGACAAGACGAAGAAAGACUGGGGAGAGUUCAAGGAGGAGAACAAAGGGAUGGAGGAGGAGCUGGACCAGUACAAGAAGAGCUCGAACAAAUACCUGGAUAAGGUGUCAUUCUUGCAGAGAGCUGAUUACAGAGAGUUUGAGCGCGAGAGGGAUGCGCGGCUGUCCAUGAUGUCGAAGCGGAAGUCGGAUACGCGAGAGGAUUGAUGUGUAGAAGGCCUGAAAAAGGAAAAAAAAAGUUCCAUCAUCUUGCAGCUCCUUGUAGACAUUCUUUUUAGAUGAUCAUGGGAACAUCAUUUUGUCUAUGCAUUCUCUUCUGUUUCUAUCUGUUGAUUCAAUGUGAAUGAAGAAGAAGAAGAUGCUGUGCACAUUGAUACUGGCUGUAUCCAUUUCUUGUAUGUAUUGUUUAUGUAUGCCAGUCUGGGCAGUAAUUUUUGGAGGAGCUAGGCUUGGCAACAUUCAUGAAGGAAAAACUCCACAUUUGGCCUCUCAA